GCGGGUUACAUCAGAAUCCCACCAUCUUUCCUCUUCUUCAUUAGUUUUUUUCACCGCGUUCGAGGCCGGUCUUUGUUUCUAUUUCUGUAAGCAAGCAAGCAUCAUCAGCUUUGCCUCAGCUUACCUAUUAUUCUCUUGUUCAGAGCUUUUAUGGAUGUUGGGUUUGUGAGUUUGGCAGAGUUCUGAUGUGGGCUUGUGGUUUUCUGAGUUGGGUUUCAAGCAGUUGAGUGAAAGAUUGGAGCUUUUGGUUGUCUGAGGUUUUUUGGGGAGGUGGGUUUGAAUUGGUUUUUGUUGUUUUGAUCAGUGACAGCUUUCUUUAAUCAUCUGAAGAUUUCAUCUAGCGUAUCAUGAAUUGAGGUUCAAGAUUGCUGAUAUUGAGUGAACGGUUUUGUAUUAGACUUGGCUGUAUGGAGCAAUUUGAAUUGGUACACUAUCCGUAACAUUGCUGAUCAAGAUGAAAGCUAGCAGUGAGUUUUGAUCGGCUCCUUAUUUGUUUUUUGAUUAUGUGAUUUGUAGAGUUUGGUUGGAUUUGCAAGUGAUGGUGAAACACUGAUGUUGCAUAUAUAGAGGGGUUGGAAUAUUUGAACUCAAAAUUAGUGAACUUUGGGGUUUCUAUAUUUGGAACUGCAUAAGGUUUUUGGAGAAUGUGAAAAGGUCUGUGUCUGUGUGGUAACAAGAAGAAUAGAAGAAUACAGGGAUGCUUUGUUAUCAUUUCGUUGAGAAAAUGGAAAUUGUGCAUAUUAUUCCGUUAAGAAUGGCAAUAACUAUGUUAAGUUUGUUGAUGUUGGUACAAUUGCCAGCAAUCCCUGCCUCUGCGUUAGUCAUACAGUCAAAGGUUUGUAAGGACCAGUUUGCCUAUGCGACUUCUAAUGGUAAGGACUUGUUUUACAUAAAUGGGAAUUCAGUGGAGAAAGCUUUAUUCUGUAAUGCUCUUCAAACAUACUAUGCAAAUGGUUGCAUUUUGGAGGGGUGCCUCAGAAGCAGCCAUUGUGGAUCAGUCAUUUCACUAGGAAGAAAACUUAUGCAAAAGGAGUUUGAGGAUGAAUCCACUUUCCAUCAUGGAGAAAACAAGAACGCUUCUGAAUCUAUGUCCACGACUAAAACAGUUGCAAUAGCAGCAAGUGGAGCAUUAUUGGUGUGUUGUGUUUUCCUUUGUCCCUGCUUUUUUAAGAAAAGGACAGAAGCUGCUCAAAAUGUUCUUGCUAAGGACGCAAAUUCAAUGGAUAAUUCAGCUUCUUCUUUUGAAGUGAAUCAUGCCGCUGAAAAGAUACCGGCCAGUCCACUUCGUGUACCACCUAGUCCUAGAUAUUCAAACUCUCCAAAACUCAGUAGACUUGGGUCUGUACAUCUCAAUUUGAAUCAGAUUGCCAGGGCAACCCGCAACUUCUCAAAAUCACAACUUAUAGGUGAAGGUGGUUUUGGAACUGUCUACAAAGCUCGGCUAGCUGAUGGCCAAGUGGUUUCUAUAAAACGUGCAAAGAAGGAACUCUUUGAGAAUUUGCAAACCGAAUUCAGUACCGAAGUUGAACUUCUGGCCAAAAUUGAUCAUCGGAAUCUUGUAAAGCUACUAGGUUAUGUGGAUGAAGGAAAUGAACGACUUAUCAUUACAGAGUAUGUGCCGAAUGGUAAUCUCAGAGAACAUCUGGAUGUUCAACAUGGGAAAACCCUGGAGUUUAAUCAGCGACUUGAAAUAGCCAUUGAUGUUGCUCAUGCCCUAACUUAUCUUCAUCUGUACUCAGAAAAGCAAAUUAUCCAUCGAGACGUGAAGUCAUCCAACAUUCUUCUGACAGAAAGCAUGCGAGCCAAAGUUGCUGAUUUUGGAUUUGCCAGGCUUGGUCCGAUGGAUGCAGAUCGAACACACAUUUCUACUAAAGUGAAAGGAACCGUUGGCUACCUAGACCCGGAGUACAUGAAAACAUAUCAACUCACCGCCAAAAGUGAUGUCUACUCAUUUGGGAUAUUACUUAUAGAAAUUGUGACGGGUCGUCGUCCAGUGGAGAUGAAGAGACCAGUUGAAGAGCGUGUCACUCUCAGAUGGGCAUUCAAAAAGUUGAACGAAGGAAGAACGUGGGAAUUGAUUGAUCCUGCAAUAGAGGAAGCUGUAAAUGCAGACGUACUACAGAAAAUCUUUGAUUUGGCUAUCCAGUGUGCGGCUCCAAUUCGAGCUGAUCGGCCAGACAUGAAAACAGUGGGGGAGCAGCUGUGGACAAUAAGGGCAGACUACCUGAAAAGUCUCAAAAGAGGAUAGUAGUAUCGCGAGAGGCAUCUCCCUCCCUCUCUCUGAUUCAAUCAGAGCUGUAUUCAACUGCCCUGUAAAAAUUAUAUUUGGUUCCGACACAGUUUGGUUUUGAUUUUUGCCUUUUUCUCAGCAUCAUUUUUAACCAUGGAACGUUAGACACUUGAAUGUUGAGAACAUUGGCAUCCUAUAAAGUUGUGGUUGAGAUAUGGAAAGAUUGAUUAGCUCAUUUCUGUU